AUGGCCCAGCAGCAGAUGAGCAGCUCACAGAAAGCGCUGAUGCUGGAGCUGAAGUCGCUGCAGGAGGAGCCUGUGGAGGGCUUCCGCAUCACCCUGGUCGACGAGUCCGACCUCUACAACUGGGAGGUGGCGAUCUUCGGGCCCCCCAACACCCUCUACGAGGGCGGUUACUUCAAGGCUCACAUUAAAUUUCCUAUUGACUAUCCAUAUUCACCACCUACGUUCAGAUUCCUGACCAAAAUGUGGCACCCCAACAUUUAUGAGAAUGGGGAUGUAUGUAUUUCAAUUCUUCACCCACCUGUAGAUGACCCACAAAGUGGAGAGCUGCCCUCCGAGAGGUGGAACCCUACCCAAAAUGUCAGGACUAUCUUACUGAGUGUAAUCUCUUUGCUUAAUGAGCCCAACACAUUCUCUCCUGCCAACGUGGAUGCAUCAGUCAUGUUCAGGAAAUGGAGGGACAGUAAAGGAAAAGACAAGGAGUAUGCUGAAAUCAUAAGGAAACAGGUUUUGGCUACCAAAGCUGAGGCAGAGAAGGAUGGCGUGAAGGUCCCCACUACACUGGCAGAGUACUGCAUCAAAACUAAAGUGCCUUCCAAUGACAACAGUUCAGAUUUGCUUUAUGACGACUUGUAUGAUGAUGACAUUGAUGACGAAGACGAGGAGGAAGAGGAUGCCGACUGUUACGAUGAUGAUGAUUCUGGCAAUGAGGAGUCGUGACCUGCUCCCUCUAUGCCCCUGUACUGCCCUGUCAACUCAGGCCAGAAGGGAGCAGUGGUAACCUAGCAGGAGUCCAGCAAAAACGUAGUGAUGGGGGGGGGGGUGGGGGGGGAUAAAAAAACCUGUCUCCUGCUGUCUCCUGUUGUAUGGAUCUGUUUGCUCCUUUUUUAUGGACCUCUUAGAGACCCUCCACAGAAUGUCUGAAUUCUUGCAUUCUUAACCCUUUCAUCCUUUCAUCACUGUAUUAUGAUUUCUUUUUUUAAAAGAAAUUCCCUUUUUCACUUCUACAAAAUGCUCACAGUGAAACAGGUUUGCUUGUGUUUAGAUUCUUGAAUUAAAUACAGUCUUGCAUUGAGAUAUUUAAUGUAUUUAAAGCUGGAACAAACCCACUGGAAGACGAAUUUUCAGGAGCUCAAGUACUGCAUUUACUGGGAAGAAAAAAAUCCACACAAAGCAAAUUGCCAGGGUUUAGCUGCUCCAUUUAUAAUAAUAGCGUGUGUACAUUUGUUUAGCCUUGUGGUGGUGGCUUUUCCUUUAUAAGGUGUGGGGUGGAAAGUGUAAAGCUACUGUGUGUUGAGCUUGAUGGGAUGUUACUGAAAGGUACAGGAAUCUGUUUAGCCUGAUCAAAUUAGGAAAUAGCUGGCCCCUGGAUCCCCAGAGGGCACAAUCAGCUUUGUCUCUGAAAAAGGCUUGUGAUAUGAACCCUAAAAUAAACACUUAACACUUCACAUCUGUACAACUGA